AUGGAAGGAAACCAGAUAACCCUGGACAGCCUUGACAAGGGCACAGAUAACCCAGCUUUCAGCUUGGAGGGAGAAAACAGACACUAUGAGGAAUGUGGUGAUCCACACAAUGAGAGCCAAGAGGAGAGAAGAGAAGGGAGAUUCUCCUCCUACUGCAGGAAGGCCCUGCAGCCGGCAUCCAAGGCCCAGCAUUUCUGCAAGGCUCAUGCCAAGGUGCUGAGAAGAGUUCUCCUGGGGCUCCUUGCAGUAGCCUACCUGUGCUACUUCAUUGCGGCCUGCUACCUCAACUUCCAGCGAGCCCUCGCCUUGGUGGUGAUAACUGCUGUGGUUGUCUUCUUCAUCUGCUGGGAGCUCUUCCAGAAGCACUGUGGGGCAAAGGUUCUGCUGCUCCUCCGCCCCGUUGGGAAGUGCUUCCAAAAGGCCUGGCCAUGGCUGAAAUGGCUCCUGUGGGUGGCCCUCCUGGCAGGCCUGAUUGUGUGGCUGGUUUUGGACACUGGCAGAAACCCAGAGCAGCUCAUCUCAUUAAGUGGCUUCUUUGUUUUGGUGCUGUUCCUGUUUGCCUGCUCCAAGCACCACGGUGCGGUGUCCUGGAGAGCCGUUAUCUGGGGCCUUGGUUUGGAGUUCUUACUCGGACUCUUUGUCCUGAGAACGACUCCUGGCAACCAAGCUUUCCAGUGGCUGGGAGACCAGGUCCAGUACUUCCUGGGCUACACCACAGCUGGCUCCAGCUUUGUCUUUGGGAACACACUCAUUGAAGAUAUCUUUGCCUUCCAGAGCCUGCCCAUCAUUGUUUUCUUCAGCUGUGUGAUGUCCAUCCUCUACUACCUCGGUGUCAUGCAGUGGAUUAUUCUCAAGAUCUCCUGGGUGCUUCAAAUCUCAAUGGGCACCACUGCCACCGAGACUCUCAGCGUGGCAGGGAACAUUUUUGUGGGACAGACCGAAGCGCCGCUGCUCAUCCGCCCGUACCUCGCAGACAUGACCCUGUCAGAAAUCCAUGCUGUGAUGACUGGUGGCUUCUCCACCAUCGCAGGCAGCGUGAUGGGUGCCUACAUAUCCUUUGGGAUUGAUGCAGGAUCACUGAUUGCAGCUUCGGUGAUGGCUGCGCCCUGUGCCCUCGGCAUGGCCAAACUUGUCUACCCUGAAGUGGAGGAGUCCAAGUUCAAGGGCAAAGCAAGCGUCCGCAUCUCCCGAGGGGAAGAGCAGAACAUCUUGGAAGCUGCUAGCAAUGGGGCUGCCAACUCAGUGGGGCUCGUGGCCAACAUUGCGGCCAACCUCAUCGCCUUCCUGGCCGUGCUGGAGUUCAUCAACGCUGCCCUGCGCUGGUUCGGGGAGAUGGUGGACAUCGAGGGUCUUACCUUCCAGGUGAUCUGCUCCUAUGUCCUCAUGCCUUUGGCCUUUCUCAUGGGAGCAGACUGGGCAGACUCACCGAUAGUGGCUGAGCUCCUGGGGAUCAAGAUCUUCCUGAACGAGUUUGUGGCGUACCAGCAGCUGUCCACGUACAAGAAGAACCGUCUGAUGGGCUUGGAGGAGUGGGACGGGAGCCGGAAGCAGUGGAUAUCUGAGCGAGCCGAGAGCAUCACCACCUUUGCCCUCUGCGGAUUCGCCAACCUCAGCUCCAUUGGCAUCAUGCUGGGAGGCCUGUCUUCCAUGGUGCCCGAGCGCAAGGGUGACUUUGCCUCCGUGGUGCUGCGGGCGCUGCUCACUGGCAUGUGUGUCUCCAUGCUCAAUGCCUGCCUGGCAGGUCUCCUCCAUGUGCCAACAGAGGUGGGUGACUGCGCCAUGUUCUUCAACACCACCAACUUUAGCUCGACGAGCUACACCAUGUACACCUGCUGUAAGCAGCUCUUUGCCAGCUCAGUGCUCCAGAACGGGACUCUGAUCUUCACGGGAUCCUGGGGUGAGCAGGCAGGCAGCAAGCAGUGGCUCAAGGAGUGCUGUGCACACUACAACCACACGUCCUGUGCGUGGACAUUCUAGAACUGGGGGAGCACCAGGGCCUACAAGGCCUAUCCCCAACAGCAGAAAAAACCCCAACAGGAACCUGAGCGUCUGGUCUUCUCCACUCCAGUGCCGACAGACAGCUGCGUGCACCCUGCAACCUGCACCCUUAGAUGCUGGCCCUGUGGACACGAGGGAGCAGCUCCCAAAUAAAUUAUGGCAACCCUUG